CCCACAAUCCAAGCACCCAGAAACAAUGACAUUGCACCCACUUCACACCACCCAAUUCUUCAUUCCCUCAUUCUAUAUGGAGCUUCUCCUUUUAUUUCAUCCACUUUGAUCUGUUCAUUCCUUACAAGAAGAAGAAGAAGCAGCAGAAGAUGAAGAAGAUCAACUUGAUACUCAGGAAGUGCAAGACCCUGUCAAGGCAGCUUGGGAGAUCUUCAUCCUACAGCAGCCUGAGAUCCAAAUCCACCCGAGAAAAUGUAUGGGGAGACAUGCAUGAAGAAGAACACAGGGAAGCCAUACUGGUAGGGAGCUCAAAAAGGAGAUACAUGAUAAGUUCUAAGUACUUAAACCACCCUCUCUUGAACGCCCUCAUUGAUAAAUCAAAGCAAAGGCCCGGAGAGGCUUUACUGGUGAAGUGUGAGGUGGUUCUCUUUGAUCAUCUCUUGUGGAUGCUUGAGAAUGGUGAUCCAAACCUCAGUUCUGAGUCCUUAGAAGAACUGGCCGAGCUCUACGUGCUCUGAGGCCACGCCAAUGAUGAAGUAUUCGACUAGUUUAGAAGCUUAAUCUGUCCAUGGUAGGCUGCAGCUUCAUUCUGGAUUAUUUGGGAGGUGAUAUUCGGGGUUUUUUUUCUAUGCAUUUGUUCUAUAGUUGUUGGUAAUUAAUCUCUUCUUGUCUAAGUUUCUAACUCACUGUUUGUGAAGAUGCAACAGUUUAUUUUUUGCCAUGUACUUGGGGUUUUGUUGUGUUAUAUGAUUCUUGAUGCCUACAUUUCAAUAAAAUUCUCCAAAGGAAUCUUGCCAAGAAAUGAUGUUUCGAUGUUGGUGGAGGAAUUAAUUAACAAACUAUAGUUUGAUGCAGUGAUUCAAUUGUUUGUUGAUAUUCAAAUGGACCCACUUGGGUGUUUGUAUUGUAGUUUCAAUUGAGUGCAUGUUGAGAGCAAA